UCGCUACAUACGUGUUAACAAUGGAGUCAUUGAGAAUGUUUAUACUGAUAAUAAUUAUCACGAAUAUUCCACAGCAUAAUAAUGUUUCGUUCUUGUGUGACAUAAUUUCAACUUUUGGAAAUGUCACCGGAAGUGUGUUCCUAAAUUACGCGGGAGAAAACGUACAUGGAGUGUUGACAUUUUAUGUUGAUGUUAACCAUCCAAAAUGUCUGUAAAACAAUCAAAUCUGUUCUCGUUCUUCUCAAAAACGCCAAACAAGGUUCCUAACAACGAGACACCUAAGAAAGACGUGUUGUCACCACGUCGAUCACCAAAUUCGGGAAAAAGGAAAACCCCCACAACCAAUGGGAACAGGAAUGUCACUGACACUGACCCAGAGUUUGAGCUUGGUGCUGUUGUAUGGGCCAAGUUGGAGGGGUACCCAUGGUGGCCAAGUCUUGUGUGUAAUCAUCCAACUCAGAAGAAACAUGUCAAAGGAGGAAAACAAGUCCAGCUGCAUGUGCAGUUCUUUGAUGACCCUCCUUCUCGGGCCUGGAUCCGGGCAAAAUAUGUCAAGGCCUACAAAGGCUCGGGUGACAAGGCGUUCCAGCGAGGGGGUCAGUUCCACUGCCACGACGCUGAGUGUUACGAGGGGGCACUGAAGGCUGAUGCUGCUAUGAAGAUGAGUGUGGAGGAACGACUGUCCACUCUCAUUGUGGACCUUCAGCCAUCAGACAGUGAGGAUAGCGCAGAGGAGGCAGCGGAACUCAUCGACCUGGACCCUGACAUUUUUGAUGCGGAGAUGCAGGAUGAUGAAGCAGACAACAGCAAGGAAAAUCAUAAUGACAGCAUCAAGACUGAUGACAGCAAGAUUAGUCCAAGAAAAACACCCAGUAAGAAGUGCCGUCCUUCCCGGUCCAGUCAGAAGCACAAGAGGAGGCGUAUUAUGUUGUCCACCAGUGGAGAUGAGGAGUCAGGGGAUGAGUUUAAACCGGACUCCGGCAGCAGUGAUGAAGAUGACAGCGGCAGUAGUGGUGAAGAUGAGGACAAUGUGUCCGGGCCAGAAACAGAAUCUGAUGCUGAGUCUCCAGUCAAGGAUAGAAAGAGGAAGCGGCCCAGCUCCACUCCUAAACCCAAGUCCUCCAGUCAGCCCAGUAUAGCUGACAGGUUUGCAGGCUCCAUGUUGUCAGCGGAGAGACGGCACAGCUUCAAGCCUGCAGUGUCCGAUAAAACCAAGUCCAAACUUGCCUCUUUCAAUGCACCAGAGCAAGUAGUGACAGACACCCCUGACAUUCAGGGAGAUUUCCCUCAUGUGAAGCUGGACUUCCUACAACCAGACAAGAUUAGAGAUAUAAAGGGGAGAAAACAGAAUACUGAUGACUACGACCCAAGGACAGUAAUGGUACCAGACACGUUCAUGAAGAAACAAACUCCUGCCAUGCGGCAGUGGUGGGAGUUGAAAGCACAUCAUUAUGACACCAUUUUGUUUUUCAAGAUGGGUAAAUUCUAUGAGCUGUUCCACAUGGAUGCAGUGAUUGGUGUUUCUGAGCUAGGACUUAUUUACAUGAAGGGAGAACAUGCCCAUUCAGGAUUCCCAGAGAUUGCAUACACAAGGUAUGCAGACUCCCUGAUACAGAAGGGCUACAAGGUGGCCAGGGUGGAACAGACGGAGACCCCAGACAUGAUGUCUGAGAGAUGUAAACACAUGUCGCGGACUGCAACCAAGUUUGAUAAGGUUGUAAAGAGAGAGGUGUGUCAGGUGACGUCCAGGGGCACCAAGACGUAUCGUCAUGUGGAGGGAGACUGCAGCGAUGUUGACAGCAACUACCUACUGGCCAUAUCUGAGAAGGAGGCCGGAUCUGAUGGAGGCAGUAUGUACGGUGUUUGUUUCAUAGACACGUCUGUUGGAAUAUUCCAUCUAGGCCAGUUCACAGAUGACCGGCACGGUUCCCGCCUCCGCACAGUCAUCGCCCACCAUACUCCCUCCCUGGUGUUAUAUGAGAGAGGGAAGAUGUCAGCCAAGACAAUGCAGUUGAUCAACACCAAUCUGUCAAGUGCCCUGAAGGAAUCAUUAGCAUCAGGGACCGAGUUCUGGGACAGCUCCAAGACUCUGAAGACACUAGCAGAGGAAGAUUACUUCAAAAUGGAUGGAGAAUUGUUUGAAUGGCCUGGAGACUUGAAAGGAAUGAUGUCUGAAAGUGACUCUCUUGGACUGACUGCAGCUGAUGAGUUCGAUCUGGCAGUGCAUUCCCUGGGUGCCGUAACAUGGUACCUCCAGUACUCUCUGUUGGACCAGGAGCUGCUGAGUAUGAGGAAGUUUGUACAGUACCGGCCGGUUGACUCUGCUCCCACUGUAAAGAAGACUGCUGCACAGUUCUCACAGAAACACAUGGUGCUGGACGGGGUGACCCUGUUGAACCUGGACCUGGUGGAGAACUGCAUGACCGGGACCACAGAGGGCACUCUGCUGGAGAGACUGGACCAGUGCUGCACUCCGUUUGGCAAGAGAUUGUUUCGCCAGUGGUUGUGUGCGCCUCUGUGUAGCCCGGCAGCCAUCAAUGAUCGCCUAGAUGCUGUGGAAGACCUGAUGGCCUCACAGGACCUGCUGGUGGACAUGGUGGAGGUCAUGAAGAAACUACCUGACCUGGAGAGACUCCUCAGCAGAAUCCACACAUUAGGAUCAGCUUGCAGAAGCAGGAACCACCCGGACAGCCGAGCCAUCCUGUAUGAAGAAGUCACCUACAGCAAAAGAAAGAUAGAAGAUUUUCUUGCAACACUUGGGGGAUUUAAAUCUGCGUUUCAAAUGGCACAGAAACUGCAGACUCACACUUCUAAUUUUAAGUCCACACUACUGAAGAAGACUAUCUCCAUAUGCUGCUCCCAGGCAGACCAGGGACACUUCCCUGACAUCAGCGAAGACUUGGCAUUCUUUGAUGCUGCUUUUGAUCACACUAAAGCACGUAAGGAUGGAACUAUAUUACCAAGCAAAGGGGUCAACCUGGACUAUGACCAGGCCUCCCAGGACAUCAAAGCCAUCGAGAAGAGACUGGUUCAGUAUCUGGACAAACAGCGAGAUCGGCUUAGUUGCAUGGCAAUGGUGUACUGGGGCACCGCCAAGAACCGCUACCAAAUGGAGAUACCAGAGGUUGCAUGGAAACGGGUACCUAAUGAGUAUGAGGUGAUGUCAUCUAAGAAAGGUUGGAAACGGUACCGGACACCAGACAUUGAGGACAUGUUGGCAGACUUGACAGAAGCUGAAGAUAGAAAGGACACAGCACUGAAGGACACGAUGAGAAGAGUAUUCUCCAGCUUUGAUGAAAGACACAAGAAAUGGCGUGAUGUUUUGGACUGCCUCUCGGUAUUAGAUGUGAUUAUCUCCCUUGCUGAGUACUCUCGGUGUGGAGAUGGCGUCACUUGUCGCCCAGAGCUUGUGGACUUGGGACAGAAUGUUGAGCCAUUCCUGGAAUUGCGUGAUGCUCGUCACCCCUGUAUCGCUCGGACAUUCACUGGCGGAGACUUCAUACCUAAUGAUACGGUCAUAGGUGUGGAUGAUGAGACAGAUGAGGGUGGUGUGUACUCCAACAGUCGCAUUGUGUUGGUGACAGGGCCCAACAUGGGUGGCAAAUCUACACUCAUGAGACAAGUGGGGCUGAUAACUAUCAUGGCUCAACUGGGCUGUUAUGUCCCAGCCGAGAAGUGUAGGCUGACCCCCGUAGACCGAGUCUUCACCCGUCUUGGUGCCAGCGAUAGAAUAAUGGCAGGUGAGAGCACGUUCUUUGUUGAACUGAGUGAGACAUCAGCCAUCUUACAACAUGCCAGCAAGCACUCUCUUGUCCUCAUGGAUGAGCUAGGUCGAGGCACAGCAACAUACGAUGGCACUGCCAUUGCCUGCUCUGUCGUGCAGGAGUUGUCCAAGGGUGUCAAUUGUCGUACACUCUUCUCAACUCAUUACCACUCACUGGUGGAGGAGUUCAGUCAUGAUGCUAAUGUCAGGCUGGGACACAUGGCAUGUAUGGUGGAGAAUGAGAACGAGGAGGAUCCAUCUCAGGAAACUAUCACCUUCUUGUACAAGUUUAUCAAGGGCGCGUGCCCCAAAAGUUAUGGCUUCAACGCUGCUCGUCUCGCUGACAUUCCAGAGGAGGUGAUCAAGGCAGCAGUUGGGAAGGCAAAAGAGUUUGAAGAAAGUUUUAACAGAUUGAAAGUUCUAAAGUCCCUGUGGUGGGACUGCACUGCAGAAUGUGUGCGUGCCAUGCAGCAGCUUCAUUGAGUGAUACUGCCGGGGAAGUGCAGAGAGACCUGUUGGUAGAAGUGGACUGAUCCAUGGUGCAGAGUGGGCUGUGGGUAGAAGUGGACUGAUCCAUGGUGCAGAGUGGGCUGUGGGUAGAAGUGGACUGAUCCAUGGUGCAGAGUGGGCUGUUGGUAGAAGUGGACUGAUCCAUGGUGCAGAGUGGGCUGUUGGUAGAAGUGGACUGAUCCAUGGUGCAGAGUGGCCUGUUGGUAGAAGUGGACUGAUUCAUUGUGCAAUGUGACCUGUUGGUAGACAUGGACUGAUCCAUGGUGCUUAUGACCGAGUCUCAUCCAGCUCAUCUGUAGACGCAUUCUGUAAAAUCCUGUCCAGUCAUGACUGAAGUUGAAGUUGGAUACUUUUAACAACACAUUUUGGUCAUGCAUUGUUGAUAUUAGUGAAUCAAAUUAGGUGACUGUUUCUUGCUUUCAGACUAACAUAUUUUCAUGUCAGUAUUCUGUUUCCCCACCAGCAACUGUAUGUAAGCAAUGUGAAAGAUUGUACAUGCAUUUGUUUGUUGUAUAUUUAGCCUAAACAAAGACAUUUUGCAUUAGUUCCAUAUAUGUUCAAGAUAACAGACUUGAAGAAAUUAUUGGAUACAGGCAGUGCCCUCAUCAGACUUACACUCACAGCUCACAGAAUGGACAAAUACUUAAAGAAUAUGCUAUAGACUAGUAGCUCUCUUUUAAUGUUUGCAAUUAUAAGAGCAAAGUUCCCAUUAUGAUGUGUCUGUGUUUGGGGUGUACAGGAUUUAACUGAAUGGAAUUGUACACCACAUCACAACAGUGCUGAAGGUGGAGUAAUUUACAGAGAACCGUGUAUAUAUGUCCAUGCUGCGUUGCCAUGUGUCUGUGUGACAGCUGUUGGGGACUGUCCUCACAUGUCUGUCAGAGUGCCACUAAAUAAGGUUGUCCUGAUGAUUGAAAAUUCAAGCUUUUCUGUGGGAAUGCCGCCAUUACAUGAUGGCUGAUAUAUGUGAUCUUCUUGCUUUAGUCAUGAUAACCCCAAUGUCUAGAAAACAAGUACCACAGCUAGAUGUGUGGUCAACAUUUUUUAUGUGUUUACACAUAUAUAAUAUUUUGUGCAUAGAUAAUGAGAGCUAAGGGAUGAAUAUGAAACAAGCAACUACAUUUCAACAAUGCCCCUUCAUAAGCAAAAAAAUCCAAAAGGGCAUUUUUAACAAUUCUCUUUUUCUUAAAUGUAACAUUCAGUUUUCAAUUUUGUAACAGUACAAUCUUGUCAUGAAGACAUUUAUGCUGAGUUUAUAGCCUUUGUCAUACAAACAAAGGUUCAGGUGUCUCAACAUUGUAGUUCUUGAGAAUAAAUAUUUGAAAAAUAUAAAAUAAAUUCUAUGAUAUAAACAGAAA